CUCCGGUAAGCACCAACUCAGGACGUUGAAGGCCUGCAGGAGUAACGCAUCUUGUUGGCAGUUUUGUAAGGAAAUGUGCUGUUUGUGGAGGGCAAUAGUGAGCAGAAAUAGUCGUCCUAAAAGAAGAGACGGUAUUCAAACGGGGCAGAGGGAUUGACUGACCGCCGCCUAUGUCAGAAACCUUGACUUUAAGAUACUCAACGCAAAUGAUGAAGGGCGCCAGAGGCUGCGUAUCACAAAGAUGCCGAGGUGCCCAUUUAUCUCAUUUAUCAUCCAGCUUCUUCAACGAAGGCAAGAACAGAGAUGAGCUUUUGAGCCUGGUCCGGUACGUGAAGAGUGGGAAGAGCUUAAAGUCCCAUGAGGGCGUGCCUAGCAUAAUCCGUUGGCAGAUCUACAGGGCUGA